GUUAUAAAACAAAAUAGAAAUACAUAAAUAAAGCCCCAAAAGCAAAGAAAAUAUUAAAAAACUUUAAGUAAAAGACAGUGCAAGUCGUUGUGUGUGCAAUUGCGUAUUAAAAACAAAGCACGUGUUGCCGGCCAAUUGCAGUUUUGGCUUAUGGAUUUUACGCUGUGUGUUAAGUGAAGCGCGGAAUUUAUUUUUGACACGCUGCUUGCUGCAUACUCAACCCCCAAAAAAAGACGCACACACACGCUCCAAAAAAAAAGGAAUUUUUUUUUGGUCAAAACAGCCACAACAACAAGUAAAGUGUGCACGUAUUUGUGGCGCCAGCGUUGCCCCAUCGUCACCAGCCAAAUAAUCAAAAUCAAACAACAAAUAAAACAGCAAGCAAAACCAAAAGCAGCGAAACUUGCAGCAAGCGCCAAACGCUUGAGAAAUGUUUAUAGCCGCAGCUGCAUGGAGCUUGGCUGCUUCAUGGCGACUGCUGGGCAUCGGUAUGCUGUCAAUGGUGGUGCUGCUAUCGCCGCUGCUGAUGUCCCAGGCGAGCGCUGGAGCGGGCGCUGGUGCGGGCACUGGUCUAUUGGGCAAUCAGGGAGUGUUCACUAGCUCGUUUCUGGUGCGCUUUCGUCGCUCCGUUGGCAAUGAAUUCGCCCACAAGGUGGCCGAUAAGUAUGGCUUCGACAAUCUGGGACCGCUGGUAGGCGCUGCUGGACAGGAAUACCAUUUCAAGCAUAGAACCUUGCCGCAUGCUCGCUCACGUCGCAGUCUAACGCAUACACGCGCGCUCAAGAGCCAUCCCUCGGUGCAUACGGCCGUACAACAGCCGGGCUUUCGUCGCGUUAAGCGUGGCCUGCGCCCGCAGGUGCCCGCCAUACAUGGCGUACACUUUGCCGCCACUGUGGCCGAGCGUGGCGCUGAUGUGGAGCCCACAGAUCCCUACUUUCCCAUGCAAUGGUAUCUAAAGAACACCGGACAGAAUGGCGGCAAGGUGCGUCUGGAUCUGAACGUGCAGGCGGCCUGGGCCCAAGGCAUCACCGGCAAGAAUGUGACAACAGCCAUAAUGGAUGAUGGCGUCGACUAUAUGCAUCCGGAUCUCAAAUUCAAUUAUAAUGCCGAGGCGAGCUAUGACUUCAGCAGCAACGAUCCUUUUCCCUAUCCGCGCUACACCGACGAUUGGUUUAACAGUCAUGGCACUCGCUGCGCUGGCGAAGUAGCUGCUGCCAGAGAUAAUGGGAUUUGCGGCGUGGGCGUUGCUUAUGAUAGCAAAAUCGCAGGCAUACGCAUGCUGGAUCAGCCCUAUAUGACGGACCUAAUCGAGGCCAACUCCAUGGGCCACGAGCCGCACAAAAUUCACAUCUACAGCGCUUCCUGGGGACCCACCGACGAUGGCAAAACGGUCGAUGGGCCACGCAAUGCCACCAUGCGCGCCAUUGUCCAGGGCGUGAAUGAGGGCCGCAAUGGACUGGGCAACAUUUAUGUGUGGGCCUCGGGCGAUGGUGGGGAGGAGGACGAUUGCAACUGUGAUGGCUACGCUGCUUCCAUGUGGACCAUAUCCAUUAACAGCGCCAUCAAUGAUGGCCAAAACGCGCACUACGACGAGAGCUGCAGCUCAACGCUUGCCUCCACCUUCAGCAAUGGCGCCAAGGAUCCCAACACAGGCGUUGCCACCACCGACUUGUACGGCAAGUGCACCACAACGCAUUCGGGCACCAGCGCUGCCGCACCCGAGGCAGCUGGUGUCUUUGCCUUGGCCUUGGAGGCAAAUCCACAGCUCACUUGGCGCGAUAUACAGCAUCUGACAGUGUUGACAUCGAAACGCAAUUCGCUGUUUGAUGCCAAGAAUCGAUUCUACUGGACUAUGAACGGCGUUGGCCUGGAGUUCAAUCACCUCUUCGGGUUCGGUGUGCUCGAUGCGGGCGCUAUGGUUACCCUAGCUAAGCAAUGGCAUUCGGUGCCAGCGCGUUAUCAUUGCGAGGCGGGCGAGAUAAAGCAGGCGCAGCCAAUUAUAAUGGGACGCUCGUUGUUUUGGGAAAUCAAAACAGAUGCAUGCAAGGGCACAGAUACGGAGGUGAACUACUUGGAGCAUGUGCAGGCUGUAAUAACAGCAAAUGCAUCACGUCGUGGCGAUCUAGAGCUCUUCCUUACCUCGCCCAUGGGCACCAAAUCAAUGAUUCUGUCGCGUCGCGCUAAUGAUGAUGACCAUCGUGAUGGCUUUACCAAAUGGCCUUUCAUGACCACACACUCCUGGGGCGAGUACCCACAGGGCGUAUGGAAAUUGGAGGCUCGCUUUAACUCAGCCCAAACGCGCUUGGGCCAUCUUAUCGAAUGGUCUUUGGUGCUGCAUGGCACAAAGGAGGCACCUUAUCGCACCUUGUCGCCCUCCUCGCCGCACUCCAAGCUGGCCAUUGUUAAGAAAGCGCACGAGGAUAAGAAGAUGAAGUAAUUGGUGUACCCAAGCAGCGUGGCGUCCAUAUUACAUUGAGUUCUCUCUCUCUCUCUCUCUUUAUAAGUUUUGAGUGUUUGCAGCGCAUUUGAUUGUGCUGCUGGCUGUGUUUUGGUUUUCAAAUGGGAUUGAAUUGUAACUUGAGUCUACUAACUUUAUGAUUUAUGCGCAGGCUUUUAGGAAUUUGCUCUAGUUGAAUAUUAAAUUGAGCUCAAAGUUCACCUAAGUUUAAUAUAAAAUUCUCAGUUGCUAGGUCUAUGUACCUUGGGUACGUCAGGCAGCAGUUUUGAUGCUUCAGUUCUUCGUUGUUAUGGGAUUUUCAAAAGCGCACAGUUUUAAAAUGUAGAGACACAAAUUUUUGCAUUAACGUAAAGUAACAUAAAGUAGUUGAAAUACAAACAGACAGACACACAUACACACAGAUACAUACAUACAUACAUAUAUAGCAAAAGGAAAUCCGUUAGAAACGUUAACAAAAACAGGUAUAGCGUAGUCGUUGAGAAAGUUAUGGAGCAUUGAAGCGAGUACAUUAAACUAAACGUCAUUAACUUGAAACUUGAAACUGUCUUGUAAAUGUAUCUACUAUAUCCUCCCCUAUAUAUAUACAUACAUAACGUAACUAUUUAUAGCUGUGUACUAUGAUGCUCCUAGACUCUAACUCUAACUCAAACAAUUGACUAGCUUAAAGUAUUCUAAAGCCAUCUUAUUUGUCCUAUAUUAAAACAUAAAAUGUUGAACUUAUAAAUGUGGCACACUGCUUCCAUAUUAAAGCUGUCUAUAUAAAUAUACUUAUAUGAUCUAAAAUAUUUAAUUUAUAAUUUUAUUUAGUUACUUAUACUUGCAUGUAGAUUGCAUUUAAUACGCAGUUUUCAGUUUAUUUCGGGGGCCAAAAGAAAAACAAAAACAGAACCAUCAUAGCAUUGUUUAGAAUGAAAUCAAAAAAAGUAAAAUGUGUUAUAUAUGAGAAAUAUAAAAAAAGUUAACGUACUUAGCGCAUAAGCAAGUGCAGCUUUGACUCCAUGUGUAGAGCGCGUGUAAACAAAUAAAAAUUUUAUUUGUGCAUUGCGCAUUGUUAAAGUUCUUGGUUUAAAGCAGAAGCAGCAGGCUAGUAACAAAGCAUAACUAUUAUUAUAUGAACAAAGUAUUCAAAGUACAUAGCAUAAUGUGUAAUAAACAUAAACCUUGACAUAUGG